GUCAGGGAUUCCCUGACUUAGAUAAUAUGGACAUCAAUGGGUUUCUUGUGCAAGUUUUGGUGUUCUUGGACACCAAUGAUACUGUUUUCUGCUGCUCCGUGGGACUGUGCAAUCCUUCGCCACCAGGAUAUUGUUGGAUUGCCUUUGUGUUUCAUUUAUGGUUGGUCUCUUCAAUUUUUAUGGCUUCUUCCUCAUCCAUCAGGAUUUCUUGACUCUCUAGCUGUGGAGAUACAUGAACUGAAGAGCAAGAGAGAUGAUAUUGAGAGAGAUGUGUCCAGAGCAAGGAGAGUGGGGAAGGAGCCAAGGAGCCAAGUUUUGUGGUGGUUAGACAGGGUGGAAUUACUUGAAACCAAGUUUGCCAAGACAAGAAGAGAGUUCGAGAGGAGGUUCAUGCUUCCAGGAGGGUUUGCAGUGAACAUAUUGUCAAGCUAUAGACUCAGUGUGAGAGCUAACGAAAUGAUCGCAGAGGCAUGUUACUUGAAGAGCAAAGGAUCCUUCAAUCAGGUGGCUAACAGGGCAGCUCCGAACCAUUUUGAGGAGGUGCCUAGUGCACCAACUGUGGGCAUGGAUGCUGUGCUUGCUCAGCUAAAGCAGGCUGUAGAGGAUGAUGCUGUGGGCCUUAUUGGAAUUUAUGGAAUGGGUGGCGUCGGCAAGACCGCUCUGUUGAGCAGAUUCCACAAUGAGUUCCUUGCAGACGCUACUGAUCUAGACAUGGUUAUUUUCAUCGACUCAUGUAGAGACCUUGAUGUCGAAAGCAUCCAAAAUAAGAUUCGGCAUCGGCUAGGCUUGUCAUGGAAGAAGAGCAAAUCACAAAAGGAGAAGGCAUCCAUGCUAUACAAGGUUCUCUUCAAGAUGAAGUUUGUAUUGAUCUUGGAUGAUCUUUGGGAGCCUUUGAGCCUUCAAAUGGUAGGAAUUCCCAUCCCCAAGCAGGGAUCGAGUUGUAAGAUCAUGUUAGCAACUCGAAUAGAAGAGCUCUGUGACCAGAUGGAUGUGAAGAACAAGAUCAAGGUGGAUCUCUUGCCUUGGGACACAGCUUGGAGGUUGUUCGCAGACAAGGUAGGUGAGGAGACGAUUAACUCUGACCCAGGAAUCCGGCACCAAGCUGAGAUCUUGGUUAAAAAAUGUGGCGGUUUGCCGGUUGCUCUGAUCACAGUUGCGCGAGCUCUGGCUAGCAAAAGAAGUGUAGAUGAAUGGAAGCAUGCUGUGACAAUCAUGGGCAACAGCCCAGUCCAGCUCCCAGGAAUGGUAGAGCAGGUGUUCUGCUCUCUCAAGCUUAGCUAUGAUCAUCUGCCCAGUGACACACUGAGAUCAUGCGCCAUGCACUUUGCUCUCUACUGGGAAGGCUGCCGCCUUCAUAAGAACUUGAUUCAAGAAUACUGGAUCGGCGAAGGCAUUCUUGAUGACUUCAAGGACGUGGAGCAGGCUAACAAUAAAGCGUGCUACUUCCUUGGAAUCUUAAGCUCUGCAUCACUGAUAGAAAGAGUAGAUGCGGAUGGCUACACGAGGAUGCACCCCAUGGUCCGCGCCAUGGCCUUAUGGAUUGCAUGCGAGUUCGGGAAGAAGGAGAAUCAGUGGUUCGUGAGAGAAAGAGAAGGUUUAAUGGAGGCGCCCGAGGCAGAGACAUGGCGAGGCGCCGCAAGGAUGGCGUUGGGGUACAACAGCAUCACCGUGCUACCAGAAGCCCCCGAGAGCCUGAAUCUCGUGUCCUUGAAGCUGAAGAGCAACUUCGGCUUGGAGAGGAUUCCUGACGGCUUCUUCAGGUUCAUGCCAUGUCUAGUGGCCUUGGACCUCCAUUCCACCCCCAUCAAGGAGAUUCCAUCAGGAAUCAGCAACCUCCAACGUCUGCAGUUCCUUGAGCUCGGCGGGACAAAGCUCAAGUCUUUGCCCAAAGAAUUGGCUUCUCUCAAAAACCUGAAGUACUUGGGACUCAACUGGACCGCUGAGCUCGCCAGCAUUCCAGAAAGACUCAUCCAAUCGCUCUCCGAGCUGCGAGUACUGCGCAUGAUCGUGAGCUAUAGCUCAUGGAAGGCCAUCCCGGCGGGGGGCGGCAAUGGCGUCAGCCUCAGGGAGCUCGAAGCCCUCAAGCGGCUGAGGGUGCUAGACAUCACGGUGGGGAACGCUCCGGCGUUCAAUAUGCUCACGCAGUCCCAGCGGCUGGCGCCGGCAACUGCGGCUUUGUUGCUCAAGGGAUGUCCAGGCCUGACGGCCGUCGAGCUCCCGUCGGGGCUCGGGCGGAGCUUGAAGAGCUUGAAGUGGCUUCGGGUGUCGCACUCGACUGAGCUGGAGGAGGUGUUGAUCGCCGGCGAUGGCCGAGAGAGCGAUGACGCGGUGCUUCCUGAGCUUGAGAAUCUGGUGCUGGAGUGUCUGCUCAAGGCUAAGAUCGUUUGGAGGAGCAGCUGCAUCCAACACCUUCGCGGACUGUACAUUUACGGCUGCAGCGGAAUGGAGCAGCUGAUUUGGUACAAGGACGAUGAUGAUUCCGACGCAGAAAACAGAGGCCGGAGGGGCGUCAGUCCGUUUCCGAACCUGAAGCAGAUUGCUUUCCGGGGGCUGCCGAAGUUGAAGAGGGUGAGUGAUGAGAGGCAGUUGGUGUUCCCCUUGCUGGAGAGCAUUGAGGUGGCGGAGUGCCCACAGCUGAAGAAGUUGAACUUGGUAGCCGAGAAGCUGAGAGAGAUCAGAUGCCACAGGUCAUGGUGGGAUCAGCUGGAGUGGGAAGAUGAUGCAGCCAGGUUCAGUCCCCAGAUGAUCCUUAAGCCACUCAACUGAUUAUUGUUGUUUUUUCUUUUGUUCGCCUGCUUCUGUUUCUCUGGUUGUUUUGUUUUUUGUGAUUUGCUAUUUGUUUUUUGUUUUUUUUUGUUUUUUUUUUUUAUUUUUUUGGUUUUCUUCUGGUCC